UCAUUUCGGUCGGCGCACAGCAAAUCGCUUCCCCGUCGCCUUUAAUGAGAGUGCGGCAGUUCCGGGUCUGAUGAUCCCGCAGUGACUGAGAUCCCGGGACGAUCCGGCGGAUCCACCGGAGCCAGGGUCCGGGAAGCAUCUAACAGGAGAGAACAUGGACCUGGACGUACUUAACAUGUUCUUGAUUGCAGGAGGUACUUUGAUUAUCCCAAUUUUGGCUUUUGUGGUCUCCUUCUUCCUGUGGCCGGCUGCCCUCAUCAAGAUUUAUUACUGGUAUUGGCGCAGGGCUUUGGGAAUGCAGGUGAAGCAUGUCAACUAUGGAAACUACAGAUUCUGUUACACAGUUCGAGGUAGACCGGGGCCCAAACCAUCUAUCCUCAUGUUACAUGGAUUCUCUGCUCAUAAAGACAUGUGGCUGUCCAUAGUCAAGUUCCUUCCUAAAAACUUACACCUGAUUUGUGUGGAUAUGCCCGGGCAUGAGGGAACCACGCGCUCAGCUUUAGAUGACUAUUCAUUCAACGGUCAGGUCAAAAGGGUGCACCAGUUUGUUGAGAGUAUACAUUUGAACAAGAAUCCCUUCCAUCUUGUUGGUACAUCAAUGGGGGGAUGUGUCGCUGGGGUGUAUGCUGCCCAGUACCCCUCUGACAUCUGCAGUUUGUCUCUCAUUUGUCCUGCAGGCUUGCAAUAUCCGACUGAGAGUAAAUUUCUGAAACAUCUGAAAGACUUGGAAGAAUCUGGUGAUGACCAGAAAAUUCCCCUCAUCCCGUCCACGGCAGAAGAGAUGGAGCAGAUGCUGAAACUGUGCUCAUACGUCCGCUUCAAGAUUCCACAGCAGAUGGCUGCCACCGCAGUGCGCACAAAUGACAAUGAGGACAUUCACAAUCAAAUUACAGUUGAAUCAAAAAUGUUGCUCUAA